AUGGCUCUAUCAAACGAGGCCGAUCGGGUCACAGCGAUUCUAGCUAGCCCUGGCGUGGACGAUCUAGAACGAGGAAGCGAGACUAUCCAGCGAAAGAGUUCAUUGGAUCCUACGGAAUGGAGCGAGAGAAAGAAAAUGUUCGUGGUCUUCGUUGGCCUUCUUACAUUAUUUAACAGCGUUUUUGAUUCAACGAUACCAAGUGGUGGCAUUCGUUCCAUAUGUGCUUUCUUCAACGUCGACAGUGAAACACAACAAGUUCUACCGACGUCAGUAUACCUGAUCGGGUACGUUAUGGGACCUCUAGUUUUCGGACCCAUGAGCGAGGUCUACGGCCGACGAGUGGUGAUGGUGGCAACUUUCAUCCCAUUUACGAUAUUCACACUGGCCUGCGCGUUUUCGCCGAACUGGGCCGGAUUUUUGGUUUUUCGAACUAUUGUCGGCAUCUGUGCAUCUUGUCCCAUCGCAGUCACUGGGGGUUUGUUUUCUGAUGUCUACCAAACCCCGCUCGCAAGAGGGAGAAUGAUGGCACUUUCAAUGGCAGUGACGACUGCAGGUCCUCAAUUUGCCCCGAUGAUCUCGGGAUUUCUUGCACAGGUUGGCUGGAGGUGGAUUUUCUGGGUCUCGCUGAUUAUUGCGGCCGUUACCCUCGGACCGGUCUUAUAUCUGCCAGAGACAUUCGCGCCAAUUCUCAAGCAAGCCUAUCUCCCGAAAAAGCGAGAUGAGGGCAUAUUAGUCAAGGCUUUUACGAGACCCGUGCAUAUGAUAUUUUGCGAACCAAUCAUUUCUUUGACGUGCUUGUACUUAUCAUACGCAAGUGCGAUUUUCUUCAUGUAUUUUGAGGCAUAUCCCUUGAUAUUCCAGGGAAUAUACGGAAUGAGCGACGGAAUAGCCGGUCUUGCAUUUCUCCCCAUUGCCGUCGGAGCCGCAAUCGGGAUGAUAAUAUUUCUAUGGUACGACUCAUUUCUUUACCGCGCAAAGUCUCAAAAUGCAGAAUGGGCUUUUAUUGAGGAAUACCAACGGCUACCACUUGCAUGUCUUGGAGGACCCUUGUACGUGCUAGCUUUGUUCUGGCUUGGCUGGACUGCCUCUGCCGAGAUCCAUUGGAUAGUACCGAUGCUAGCCGGGAUACCGUUUGGCAUGGGUUUCUUCCUGAUAUUCGUGGCUUUGAUUAAUUAUUUGAUCGACGCCUAUCAUAAAUACGCUGCAAGCGCCAUGGCAGCUGCUAGCACAUGUCGCUCUAUAUUUGGAGCCGUCUUGCCUCUAGCUGCUAGUCCCAUGUUCCAUCGCCUUGGAGUUAAUUGGGGGACCAGUUUACUGGGCUUUUUGAGUCUAAUUAUGACUUUCAUUCCCUUUGUGUUCAUUCGCUAUGGUGAGAGAAUUCGGAGAAGGAGCAACUUUCGACAAGAGCUUGAAAAGGAAUGA